AUGGCUUGGGUUCGGAGCAUUUGCAUUGCGCAUUUGUUCUUGUUCGUGCUCUCGGUCGCAGCUCUUUGGCCUCAACCGCGCGUCCUGGUUCACGGCGCUUCAACUGUGUGGAUCUCACCAUCCCUUCAACUCUCUUUCGUGAAUAGGACAUCGGCCUCAUCGUCUCUCUGGGCAACUGGCAAUGGCAUUCAGCAGCUUCUAGGUAGUUUACUUCGCCGCCAGAGCGGAAGAAAGCGUGAUGCCGCGCCCGACGAUAUUGUUGCCGCAUUCGAGAGAGCUAAGGGGUUAAUCUUCAACCAUGGAUUCGUGCCGCGCAUAUUCCAUCCUAAGAACAUCACGUUCGAGCCAGAUAACAACGAGAACAGGCAAAACAUAACCACGCUCACUAUUACGCUGUCGAAGCUGGAACACAUCAUCAGCAAAGAACAAGACCUUAUUCCCAGUGAUGAAGCAUACCUUCUUGAUAUCUCAGAGUCUGGCCAUGCCUCCAUCACGGCAGCAACUAGUCGAGGAGCAAUCUAUGGCUUGGACACCUUUGCCCAGCUGUUCUACGCCCAUUCACAGUCCGCCUCGGAGAGCUAUCUUUCCAUUGCCCCAAUCCACAUCGUGGACAGUCCAGCAUUUGAGCAUCGGGGCAUCAAUCUCGAUAUCUCUCGGAACUGGCUUGCUCCACAGGACGUGUUUCGAGUUCUCGACGCAAUGGCGCAUUGCAAGUUGAACAAACUUCAUUUGCACGCAUCAGAUGCACAGUCCUGGCCGUUGGAUGUACCAGCCCUACCCGAACUGGCUGCCAAAGGAGCGUAUGAUCCGUCUCAGAUCUGGAGUCCGCAGGAUCUACGCCAGGUGCAGCGACAUGGCCACCUACGAGGCAUUGAAGUCUAUCUCGAAAUCGAUAUCCCAGGCCACACCACCUCAGUAGCUGCAUCACAGCCCGAGCUCAUAACUUCUGCAUAUAGAGAGCCUUGGAUAACGUAUGCCGCCGAGCCUCCUGCUGGCCAACUCGCACUAGAUUCGCCCGACGUCAUGGCGUUCCUAGAUACACUAUUCAACGACCUCCUUCCUCGAAACGCGGAGGCGUCGAGCCACUUCCACUUUGGCGGAGACGAAGUCAACACUCACGUUUACGGUCUCGGCUCCGACUCAUCCCUCACAAAAGACAAGAUCCGCGCCCUUGUCCAAAAGGUCAUGGACCACGUCUUCACUAUUGCCGCAAAGCACCAGCAAACCCCAAUCGUGUGGGAAGAGCUGCUCCUGGAGUGGAAUCUCACACUCCCCCAAACCACCAUCAUCCAAACGUGGCGCUCCAACGAGGCGCUCGGGCACGUGCUCGACCGCGGCCACCGCGUGCUGUUCGGCGCCAGCACGCACUGGUAUCUCGACUGCGGCCACGGCGCUUGGUUCGAUCCCGCGAACCCGUCGGACCCCGGCCCUGAUCCGCGGGCCUCGCCGCCGUACAUGGACCAGUGCGCGCCGUACAAGAAUUGGCGCACCAUCUAUUCCUACAAUCCGCUUGACGGCCUGUCGCCUGAGCAGCGCCGCCUGGUGGCCGGAGGCGAAGUGCACAUGUGGAAUGAGAUGACCGACGCAGUGACGCUGGAUGGCAUGCUAUGGCCACGUGCCGCAGCGGCCGCUGAGGUCCUGUGGACGGGAGGGGGGACUCCGGUGAGCGAGGACACGACCAGGCGAUUGGCUGAAUUCAGAGAGCGGUUGCUGCUAGAGGGUAUAGCAGCAGGAAUGGUCCAGAUGGAAUGGUGUUUGCGGAAUAAAGGAGGGUGCUUGAUUUGA